CUCUGCGUGGGAAUGCUGGACCAUCUAUCAUGAUCCAAGAAGCCAGGGCCAGCCUCUGAUGGACUCUGAGAGCCUCCGACUGAACACUGAGAACCUGUGGACCAGGCUUGUGAGUCUGCUGAGUAAAAACUCAGAAUGGCUGAGCGCCAAGGUUAGGUUCUACCUCCCUACCGUGGACCUGGACUGCACCAAGGCCCUUGACCCUGAGAGCAUUGAUGUUCAGCUCAGGAGGCUGCACACCCAGAGCCUGGCCACCUGGGAGUCUUUCAUCCAUAGUCUGUGCAUGGAGCUUGACGUGCCUCUAGAGCUGGAGGUACCACUGCGGAGCAUCUGGGGCCCAAAAGAUGAAUUCCCUAAGCAGUUAGGAGCUGGUGAGGACAGUCAUCCUGGACCUCCGCUUCACCAUGGUGUCAAGCGCCCUUUUCAGAGCUAUGGGUCCUCACCCCGCCGGAAGCACUGCAGGAAGCAGCAGCUAGAACUCGCUGAGAAGUAUCUGAAGCUUCUGAAGACCUCUGCCCAGCGGUGCCAUGGCGAUGAAUGCCCAGGAGCAAGUCCUACUCAUGCCUCCCCACAGGUCUACAUCCCCCCACUUCUACAGUGGAGCCGGGAGGGAACCACUAAAGGAGACCCCGAGGCCACAGAUGACACUGAUGUGAGCUUCCAGGAUCUCUUCAAUUUCAAGGCCCCCAAGGGACCUCGAGUGACAGUCCUGCUGGGAAAGGCUGGGAUGGGCAAGACCACGCUGGCACAUCGGCUCUGCUGGAGGUGGGCUGACGGUCAGCUGGACCGCUUCCGGGCUCUGUUCCUUUUUGAGUUCCGCCGGCUCAACAUGAUCACACAUUCGCUGACACUGCCCCAGCUCCUUUUUGAUCAGUACCUGAGCCCCGAGUCAGACCCUGAUGCUGUUUUUCAGUACCUGGAGGAGAAUGCUCAUCAAGUCCUAUUGAUCUUUGAUGGGCUGGACGAGACCCUCCAUGCUAGUUCCACGGGUGCUGACAACGCAGGCUCGGCCCUCGCCCUCUUCUCCGACCUCUGCCGUGGGACCCUCCUGCCAGGCUGCUGGGUGCUGGCCACCUCUCGUCCUGGGAAACUGCCUGCCUGUGUGCCCACAGAGGCCUCCACGGUGUACAUGUGGGGCUUUGAUGGGCAGCGGGUAGAGAAGUACGUCAGUCACUUCUUCAGUGGCCUUCUGUUACAAGAGCUGGCCCUGGCGGAAAUGAGAGCCAGUGAGCGCCUCCGAGGAAUGUGUGCAGUGCCUGCACUGUGCAGGGUCGCCUGCUUCUGCCUCAGCCGUCUGCUUCCUGGAAGCCCUCCAGGGCAGUCUACGGCCCUCCUGGCCACCGUAACCCAGCUGUUCCUGCAGAUGGUGGAAACGUUUAGCCCCCAUGGGACUCUGUCUGCCACAUCCUUGUUGGGCCUUGGAAAGGUGGCCCUUAGUAGACUGGACAUUGGGAAGGUCAUUUUCUCUAUGGAAAAAGACAUUAGUCCUUCCCUGAUGGCUUUUGGAGCUGCCCACAGCCUCCUGACCUCCUUCUGUAUUCGUACCAGCCCUGAGCACCAAGAAAUAGGCUAUGCCUUUGCCCACCUUAGCCUGCAAGAGUUCUUUGCCGCUCUGUAUCUGAUGGCCAGUGACACGGUAGACAAAGAAACGCUCACCUACUAUGUCACACUCAAUUCCCACUGGGUGCUGCGGACCAAAGCUAGGCUGGGCCUCUCCGACCAUCUCCCUACCUUCCUGGCAGGCCUGGCAUCCCACAACUGUCGUGCAUUCCUUUGCCACCUGGCUCAACAAGAGGAAGCCUGGGUGAGCUCCAGGCAGGCUGCUGUUGUUCAGGUGCUGAGGAAGCUGGCUAGCCGGAAGCUUACGGGACCAAAGAUGAUAGAAUUGUAUCACUGUGUGGCUGAGACCCAGGAGCUGGAGCUGGCGCAGUUCACUGCCCAAAACCUCCCCGUUCAGCUCUCCUUCCACAAUCUCCCACUGACCCGUGCAGACCUGGCUGCACUGGCCAACAUUUUGGAGCACAGGGUUGCCCCCAUUCACCUGGAUUUUGAUGGCUGCCCACUGGAGCCCCAUUGCCCAGAGGCUCUGGUAGGAUGUGGGCAAGUUGAGAAUCUCAGCUUUAAAAGCAGAAAGUGUGGGGACGCCUUUGCAGAAGCCCUGGGCAGGUGCUUGCCUACCAUGGGGAGCCUGAAGAUACUAGGGUUAACAAGAAGUAAGAUCACAGCCCAAGGCAUCAGGCACCUGGUACAGGCUUUGCCCCUCUGUUUCCAGCUGGAGGAGGUCAGCUUGCACGACAACCAGCUGAAGGACCCAGAGGUGAUGAGCCUUGUGGAGCUGCUCCCUUGCCUGCCAAAGCUCCAGAAACUUGACCUGAGCAGAAACAGCAUCUCCGUGUCAGCGCUGCUGUCCGCGGUGAAGGUGGCCAUCACGUGUCCUACUGUCAGAAAGCUGCAGGUCAGGGAGUCCGACUUCAUCUUCCUUCUGUCCCCGAUCACAGAGACAGCUGUGCAGCAAUCAGGAGCAUCAAACCGACAGGACAAAGACAACCUGAAGAAAGAAAGACAAAGCCGCAGCCUGGAACUCAGGCUUCAGAGAUGUCAGCUCAGGGUCCAUGAUGCAGAAACCCUUGUGGAGCUACUCCAGAAAGGUCCCUGCCUGCAAGAAGUGGAUCUUUCAGGGAACCAUCUGGAAGACGAAGGCUGUCGACUUGUGACAGAGGCUGCUUCCCAGCUGCGAAUUGCCCAGAAACUGGACCUCAGUGAUAAUGGCCUCUCUAAUACUGGGGUGACCUAUGUGUUGAGAGCCACGAGAACGUGUGGGACCCUGAAGGAGAUGCAUAUCAGCCUGCUGACCAACACCGUGGUACUCAUAUUUGCCCGGGAGCCAAGGGAACAAGAGGGGAGCUGCAAGACGGGAGCACCGCUUACCAGCUUUGCAUCUUCUGUGACCUCGGAGAUGUCCUGGAGCUCUCGGAGAAUCAGGCUGACACACUGUGGCUUCCUGGCCAAGCACAUAGAGAGGCUCUGCGGGGCGCUGAGAGCCAACUGCGAGCUCCACCACUUGGAUCAUCUUGACCUAUCAAACAACUCUCUGGGGGAUGAAGGGGUGGCCCUACUAGCCCAGCUGCUCCCAGGACUAGGUCCCCUGCAGUCCUUGAACCUUAACAGGAACGGUGUGUCCCUGGAUGCUGUGUUUGGCUUGAUCGCAUGCAUGUCUUCCGGGCAGUGGGUGUUCCACCUAGAUGUCAGCCUUGAGAAUGACCACGUCCUCCUACGAGGAGCUGGAACUAGGAGCCUCCAGGGGUGUCAACUGGAACCCCGGAGUCUUGCCUGCCUCUGCGCCGCUCUGGAGAAGUGCCCAGGGCCUCUGGAAGUCAACUUGUCCUGCGAGACCCUGUGUGAUGAGAGCCUGAAGACCCUGCUGCAGUGUCUGCCCCAGCUGCCCCAGCUCAGCCUGCUGCAGCUGAACAACACAGUCCUAUCUUCAAAAAGCCCCUUCCUGCUAGCCGACAUCUUCAACCUGUGCCCACGGGUUCAGAAGGUCACUCUCAGGUCCCUAUAUGAUGCUGCCCUGCACUUUGGCUCCAAGGAAGAGCAAGAGGGUAUGUGCUUUGGCUUUCCAGGGUGCCGCCUCGGCCAGGAGCAGGUGGAGCCACUGUGUUGUGCACUGAGCAGCUGCAAAGGCCUCAUCCAGCUUGACCUCAGGGACAACCUGCUGGGUGAUGGUGGGCUCAGGUGCCUUCUGGAAUGCCUGCCACAGUUACCCAUCUCUGGAUGGCUUGACCUCAGACACAAUGGCAUCACUCAGGAAGGGGUCCUGUGCCUGCUGGAGACCCUGCCUUCCUGCCCUAGUGUCUGUGAGGUCUCUGUGAGUCUGGACUCUGAGCAGGACUUCCGGAUACGCUUGUCCAAAGAGGAAGAAGCUGGGACAAUACUGAGGCUAUGCGAAUGCAGCUUCAGUCCAGAACACAUAUCCAGACUGGCUCCCAGCCUGAGCCAGGCCCAACAGCUGACAGAGCUCUGGCUGACCAGGUGCCACUUGGACCUGCCACAGCUGACCAACCUCCUGAGUCUGGUGAAUCGACCAGCAGGGUUGCUGGGCCUCAGGUUGGAAGAGCCCUGGGUGGGCCACAUCAGUUUACCAGCUGUGAUGGAAGUCUGUGCCCAGGCCUCAGGAUGCCUCACUGAGUUAAGCCUCUCCGAGACCCAGCUGUGGCUCUGGCUGGAAUUUCCUCGCCAGGAAGACAAUUCCGAGGCCAUGACAAACAGGUUGGCUCACUGUGACCUGGGAACUGACCACAGUCUUCUUAUGAGACGGUUGAUGGAGACAUGUGCCAGACUGCAACAGCUCAGCUUGUCUCAGGUUAACUUCAGUGACGAUGACACCACCAAGUCCAGGCUACUGCAGAACCUCCUGCUGUCUAGCUGUGAACUCAAAACCUUCCGACUGACCUUCAGCUGUGUAAGCACAGAGAGCCUGGUCCACCUGGCAUCUGGUCUAGGAUACUGCCACCAUCUGGAAGAGCUGGAUUUCUCUAACAACCAUCUCUGUGAUGAAAACAUAGAGCUACUGAUGGGAGCCCUUCAGGGGACCUGCAGGCUAAAGAGGCUGCACCUCAGUCACAUUCCACUGGAAGUCUCCUCCCUGGCCUUGCUCAUUCAAGGACUAAGUCACAUGACCUUACUGCAGCACCUUAGCUUGAGACACGACCAGAUUGGAGACGUGGGUACCCAGAACUUAGCGGCCAUCUUGCCAAGGCUUCCAGGGCUCAGGAAGUUAGACCUCUCAGGGAACAGCAUUGGCCCAGCAGGGGGAGUGCCGUUGGCAAAGUCUCUCAUCCAUUGCGGGUGCUUGGAGGAGAUCAUUCUGGGCAACAAUGCUCUGGGGGACCCCACGGCCCUGGGGCUGGCUCAGAGAUUGCCUCCACAACUGAGGGUCCUGUGUCUGCCAUCCAGCCAUCUGGGUCCUGAGGGGGCCCUGGGCCUGGCCCAGGCCCUGGAGCAAUGCCUACACAUAGAAAAGUUCAGCUUGGCAGAGAAUAACCUGGCUGGAUGUGUCCCACAUUUCCGCAAGAGUCUCCCACUGCUCAGACAAAUUGACCUGAUUUCCUGCAAAAUUGAUGACCAAGUUGCCAAGCACCUUGCCGCCAGCCUCAUGCUCUGCCCAGCUCUGGAAGAAAUCUUGCUGUCCUGGAACUUCCUGGGUGAUGAGGUGGCUGCUGAGUUGGCCCAGGUCCUGCCACACAUGGGGCAGCUGAAGAGAGUGGACUUGGAGAAGAACCGGAUCACAGAAUGUGGAGCCCAACUCCUGGCUCAAGGACUGGUCCAGGGCUCCCGUGUGCCAAUCAUUCGCCUCUGGAACAACCCCAUUCCUGCCGAGGUGGCCCAGAGUCUACAGAGCCUGGAGCCCAGGUUGAACUUUGCCUUCUUUGACCAGCAGCCCCAGGCUCUUUGAGGAAUUGAUGGACCUCUCAAGACUCUUGGGACCAGCCCAGUGACAACCACAUCACCCACCAGGAAAAGGGGCCCAGGAGAAGAGUCUCAGUUGGUGCCCAGCAUCCUAUGAAUGCCCCAGUGGGGGAAGAGUGCGUUUGUUUUAUCACGAUCCUUAGGGAGAACUUUCUUGGGAACUGAGAGCUUUGACCAAAAGAGGACCGUACAUCAUACAUGGCAUGUGUUACCAGUGGGACACUGGCACAAUGAGAGUACUAUGAUGUCAUAUAUGACAGGGAAGGCUUUGUAUGGUGCACUGUGACCAAGACACGGAAGGUCACACGACAGAGUUGGUCAUAUAUGUGGCAUUAUGUGGAAUUUAUAGUGAGUGUGGUAUCUGGUCAGUGGCUCUUAGCACUGUAAAUAGUGGUGUAUGUGAUCAGGAAUCCACCUAUGACAUGCUGUCUAUAUCACAUGACACUCAGCUUGCCAGGGGACCACAGGCAAGUCCAAGACCUAAUUUAUUACUAUUUAAAAAACAUAAAACUACGUGAAUAAUAUAGGCCUCAUAGCUGUUCAGGAAUCUGAGGCAGAGGGAUUGCAAAUUUAAUACGCUCCUGUCUCAAAAGGUUAAAAAGGACUGGGAUUCAGCUUAGUGGGAGAGUGCUUGCCUAGCAUGUGUGAAAUCCUAAGCUGAAUACUCAGUAUCUUUUCUUUUUCUUCUUCUUCUUCUUCUUCUUCUUCUUCUUCUUCUUCUUCUUCUUCUUCUUCUUCUUCUUCUUCUUCUUCUUCUUCUUCUGGUUUGGUUUUUCGAGACAGAGUUUCUCUGUGACUUUGGAGCCUGUCCAGGAGCUAGCUCUGGUAGACCAGGCUGGCCUCGAACUCACAGAGAUCUGCCUGCCUCUGCCACCUAAGUACUGGGAUAAAAGGUGUGCACCACCACUACACAGCUCAGUAUUAUUUCUUUAAAAGUAUUUAUAAGUGGAGCAGCUAAGUGAUAGCUUUUCUGCCCUGGGCGGGGAGGGAGAGAACUGACUGACUCAAUAGCCUAGAGUCAGGGCUCUGGGCAUGCCGAGGACUCAGCACAAAGUCCCCUCCUGCCAGAGCUCGGUUCUCCCUUCUGUUCAUUGGUAGCCCUCCCUUCCAAGGAUUUUCAGUCCAGGCUUAGGAGCUAGUUUGAUCUUGGGACAGUUCAAACUCACCUGUUGUUUCCUGGUAUAAGAGACAAAGCCAAACAUAAGGGUCCAGGGAUGGGUACUUUUAGGACAUUAGGCAAGGCCACUGGGCCCACCCACUACCUCAGCAGGAUUCUGGAACCCCUUGAGGCUCCGUGGUUUUUGUAACUUCCAAGAGGGGGAAAGAUAGCCUCGUUACACUCCAAGU